AUGGUGAACAAAUUCAAUCGCAAGAACUUCAGCGCGAACAUCUCGCUCUCAUGGUAUCCUCCUGCUCAAUAUGAGAUCAACAACCUGACAACCGUGAUCAAUGGCACCGGAGUGUAUGGUUUCGUUUUCAACUCAAGCCAAGCUCCUCUCAAUACAUACAACUGGUGCAACAUGCCACACACCAACGUCGAGACAUACGUCCGACCCAGCGCCGAGUACAAGCUCAAGUAUGUUGAGGUCAUUCACCGCCAUCACAAGCGGACCCCAUAUGCCUCGAACACUUUCCCACGCGAACAGUACGGCUGGUCAUGCAGUGACGAGGGUCUCUUUUACGGCGGCCAGCCACUCAAUCCGUCCGGGAACCUAUCCGCUUCCACAUAUUGGAACGUAUUUACCUCUUCUAACAACCCUCUGGCCGUCUCGGGCUUCAACGGAACAUGCAUGUUCCCUCAAAUCACUCGCGGUGGUCUCGAUGACAGCCACGCUCACGGCGCUGAUCUGGCUGCUGUCUACGCGGGUCUCCUGAACUUCAUUCCCACAACCUACGAUCCAUCGAUCGUCUCCUACCGCGUCACCAACAACGUCAUCACAUCCCAAGUCGCCUCCAUGCUGAUCCCAGGAAUGUACCGAUCUCUCGCCCGCGGCGCACCGACCCCUCUCCUGAUCCAACCGCCAAGCGUCGAUUCCCUCGAACCAGGCUACUCCUGCCCCACCGGCUCCUCACUCUUCUCCUCCUACGCUACCGGCAGUUCCAACUCCGCCUGGCAAGCCCACCUCAAAGCAUCCGCCAACCUUGCCGCCAAACUAGACGCCAUCUCCGGCGUCGACCCGUCCGACUCCGGCUGGCACCGCAACUGGGACCACUACUUCGACAACCUCUCCGCGCGGCAAUGCCACGCCAAACCGCUCCCAUGCGCCGCGGGCAACGCAGGCAACUGCGUCAGCCAGACCGAUGCCGAUGCCGUCUACCGCCUGGGCGAAUACGAGUACAGUUUCAUCUACCGCGACUCGGCACAGUCACUGCAAGCCAGCGUGGCGAGCUACGGGGUCUGGCUGGCGGAGCUAGCGGGGAACCUUCGCUCUGCGGUCUCGGGCGAUGCGGGAAAGAUCCGGUAUCGCCACAACGUGGCCCACGAUGGGAGCAUUUCCCGCUUGCUGUCGAUUCUGCAGAUUGAGAGAAUGGUCUGGCCGGGCAUGGGGUCUGAGGUUGUUUUUGAACUGUACUCUAAGAACGGCUGCUACUAUCUGAGGGUCCUGUGGGGCGGCCGCGUGCUGGUUUCGAGUCACCCGGCCUUUGGCAAGUGGGACAUGGUGCCGUUGAGCACAUUUUUGGCAUAUGUAGAUGGCUUGGUGGGUCAAUCUGCAGUAAAAAUUCCUGGACUGUGCGGGAGGUGA